CUUCUUGUUGUUGUUGUUCUUCUUCUUCUUCUUCUUCACUUGAACUCCCUUCUCUUCUCCUAUACAGCGAUUCCCACAAGUUUCUCUUGGCCAUUUUUGAGGCCAAAAUGUCAUCUCAAGAAAAUGAAGAUAUGAAGGAGGAAGAGGAGGAGAAGAAGGAAGGGAAAAGUCAGCCAGAGAAAGUUCCAUUGCUGAAGUUGUUCUCAUUUGCUGAUUUUUAUGAUUAUGUGUUGAUGGUGUUGGGAUCCAUUGGUGCCAUUUUACAUGGAGCUUCUGUGCCUGUCUUCUUCAUUUUCUUCGGAAAAUUGAUAAACGUUGUUGGAAUGGCUUAUCUUUUCCCUCAAGCAGCUUCUCACAGAGUUGCAAAGUAUUCUUUGGAUUUUGUAUACCUGAGUGUGGCUAUUUUAUUUUCAUCCUGGAUAGAGGUGGCUUGUUGGAUGCAUACUGGGGAAAGGCAGGCAGCAAAAAUGAGGAUGGCGUAUUUAAGAUCGAUGCUAAAUCAAGAUAUAACUUUGUUUGACACUGAAGCGUCCACCGGAGAAGUCAUUGCUGCCAUUACAAGUGACAUUAUUGUUGUUCAGGAUGCUCUUUCUGAGAAGGUGGGAAAUUUCAUACACUACAUUAGUAGAUUUCUAGCAGGAUUUAUAAUUGGGUUUGUUAGAGUAUGGCAAAUCAGUCUGGUGACACUCUCUAUAGUUCCUUUGAUUGCCCUCGCCGGGGGCCUUUAUGCUUAUGUUGCCACCGGCCUUAUUGCCAGAGUCAGAAAAUCCUAUGUCAAGGCUGGUGAAAUUGCUGAAGAGGUGAUGGGGAAUGUUAGAACAGUCCAAGCAUUUGUUGGGGAAGAAAGAGCUGUGAGAUCAUACAGAGAAGCUUUAAGGAAUACAUACAAGUAUGGAAAAAGAGCAGGCCUAACCAAGGGUCUAGGACUAGGCUCUAUUCACUGUGUGCUUUUCCUUUCCUGGGCAUUGCUUGUUUGGUUCACCAGCAUUGUUGUUCAUAAGAACAUUGCAAAUGGUGGGGAUUCCUUCACUACCAUGCUUAAUGUUGUCAUUUCUGGCCUGUCAUUAGGACUGGCAGCACCUGACAUUUCUGCAUUUGUCCGGGCAAAGGUGGCUGCCUAUCCCAUAUUUGAGAUGAUAGAGAGGAAUACAGUGAACAAAACCAGCUCCAAAACAGGCUACAAGGUAGACAACUUGAAGGGUCAUAUUGAAUUCAGGGAUGUAACUUUCAGUUACCCUUCCCGCCCUGAUGUAGUUAUCUUCAACAAGUUCUGCCUUGACAUUCCAGGCGGAAAGAUUGUAGCUCUUGUUGGAGGAAGUGGCUCUGGCAAGAGCACUGUGAUAUCUUUGAUUGAAAGAUUUUACGAGCCACUUUCUGGGGAGAUCCUGUUGGAUGGGAAUAAUAUUAGGGACCUUGACCUCAAAUGGCUCAGACAGCAAAUUGGAUUAGUUAACCAGGAGCCUGCCCUUUUUGCAACAACUAUUAGGGAAAACAUCCUAUAUGGAAAAGAGGAUGCCACCCUUGAAGAGAUCACACGUGCAGCAAAACUUUCUGGAGCCCUCUCCUUCAUUAGCAAUCUUCCUGACAGAUUUGAAACUCAGGUUGGUGAAAGAGGAAUACAGCUAUCAGGUGGACAGAAACAGAGAAUUGCGAUAUCUCGUGCAAUAGUGAAGAAUCCUUCAAUUCUUUUACUUGAUGAAGCAACGAGUGCACUGGAUGCUGAAUCAGAGAAAAGCGUACAGGAGGCACUUGAUCGUGUCAUGGUGGGACGAACCACCAUCAUGGUUGCUCAUCGGCUUUCCACUAUCAGGAAUGCAGACGUGAUAGUAGUUGCGCAGGGUGGGAAGAUAGUGGAAACUGGCAGCCAUGAAGAGCUUAUUUCCCAUCCUAACAGCGUCUAUUCUUCGCUUGUUCAACUUCAAGAGGCAGCUUCCUUGCAACGGUAUCCAUCUCAAGGUCCUACCAUGAGUAGGCCGCUCAGUGUAAGGUACUCAAGUGAAUUAUCCCAGACAAGAACGAGUUUCAGUGCAAGUUUCCAUUCUGAUAAGGAUUCAGCCAGCCGUGCUGCUGGUGAUGCAAAGGAUGCUGUAAAUUCGAAGUACAUUUCCUUCGGAAGACUGUAUUCCAUGGUAAAACCUGACUGGAUUUAUGGGGUAGUUGGCAUAAUUUGUGCACUCAUUGCUGGAGCUCAGAUGCCUCUGUUUGCUCUUGGAGUUUCUCAAGCUCUAGUAGCCUAUUACAUGGACUGGGACACAACUCGCCAUGAAGUCAAGAAGAUAUCCAUCCUGUUUUGUUGUGCUGCAGCGAUUACUAUCACAGUUCAUGCCAUUGAGCAUCUCUGUUUCGGCAUCAUGGGAGAGAGACUCACUCUUCGUGUGCGCCAGAUGAUGUUUUCUACCAUUCUGGGGAAUGAGAUCGGCUGGUUUGAUGACAUAAACAACACAAGUUCAAUGCUUGCAUCAAGUCUAGAGAGCGAUGCAACUCUGUUGCGAACCAUAGUGGUAGAUAGAACAACAAUUCUCAUACAGAAUGUUGGUUUGGUUGUUGCUGCUUUUAUCAUUGCAUUCAUCUUAAACUGGAGAAUCACACUGGUCGUCUUGGCUACUUAUCCGUUGAUCAUAAGUGGUCACAUUAGUGAGAAACUGUUCAUGCAAGGUUAUGGAGGAAACUUAAGUAAGGCCUAUCUAAAAGCCAACAUGCUUGCUAGUGAAGCUGUCAGCAACAUUCGAACUGUCGCUGCAUUCUGCGCUGAAGAGAAAGUCCUCGACCUUUAUGCUAAAGAGCUUGUUGAGCCUUCACAGCGCUCCUUCAAUAGGGGUCAGAUUGCAGGAAUGUUUUACGGAGUUUCCCAGUUCUUCAUCUUUUCAUCGUAUGGCCUUGCAUUAUGGUACGGCUCUGUUUUAAUGGGGAAAGAGCUCGCCAGCUUCAAAUCCAUAAUGAAAUCUUUCAUGGUUUUGAUUGUAACGGCCUUAGCCAUGGGUGAGACAUUAGCAAUGGCGCCAGAUCUUUUGAAAGGGAACCAAAUGGUGGCAUCUGUGUUUGAAGUCAUGGACCGGAAGUCACAGAUUGUCGGAGACACUGGAGAAGAGCUGAAAAAUGUAGAGGGAGCUAUUAAGCUCAAGGGUGUUCAUUUCAGCUAUCCGUCAAGGCCGGACGUGGUGAUUUUCAAGGACUUUGAUCUGAGAGUCCAGGCCGGUAAGAGUAUAGCAUUGGUUGGACAAAGUGGGUCUGGUAAAAGCUCUGUUCUUGCUCUGAUUCUUCGAUUCUAUGACCCAACAGCCGGAAAAGUUAUGAUCGACGGCAUAGAUAUCAAGAAACUGAAGCUCAAAUCUAUCCGGAAACACGUUGGAUUGGUCCAGCAAGAACCGGCUCUGUUCGCCACAUCAAUCUACGACAACAUCCUUUACGGCAAGGAAGGAGCAUCGGAAUCGGAAGUAAUCGAAGCAGCCAAACUGGCCAAUGCACACAGUUUCAUAAGUUCCCUGCCGGAGGGCUACUCGACCAAAGUCGGAGAACGAGGGGUGCAGCUAUCUGGCGGCCAGAAGCAAAGAAUCGCCAUAGCUCGGGCAGUUCUGAAGAACCCAGAAAUAUUGCUGCUAGACGAAGCCACAAGCGCCCUGGACGUAGAGUCCGAGCGGGUGGUGCAGCAAGCCCUGGACCUACUGAUGAGGAACCGGACGACGGUGAUGGUGGCACAUCGGUUGUCGACGAUAAAGAAUGCCGAUCAAAUAUCGGUGAUACAAGAUGGAAGGAUAAUAGAGAAGGGAACCCAUCAUAGUCUGAUAGAAAACAAAGAGAGUGCGUAUUACAAGUUAAUCAGCCUUCAGCAACAGCUACACGGCCAAUAAUUUUUUCCUGAUACAUCAUAAAAAAAUAAAUUAUACAAUCUAUCUUCAAUAAGAGAUAAUUUUUUUUUUUUCUCUCCAUCACUCUUACUUAUCUCAAAGAUAUUCAACUUUAAAUCUCAAAUUAUUAUUGCACUCAUUAAAAAGAGGGUGUGUCU